GAAAUAGAUAUUUGUAUUUCGGACGUCGAUGUACGUGUGUCUCUCUGUGGAUCGAAGUCACUUUCAACGAAUUCCUCAAGCCGAAAAGGAUAUCGAUAUUCAUCUUACCAGAUAUUUGUUUCUAAACUUUCUAAUAAAAUUCUACUGUGAGAAAGAGUGCGGAAAUUGGAUCGAUCGUAUUUUUCACAAUUGAAAAUGACGCCUACGCUCUGUUGGGUGUUCCUGUUGGCGUUGGUGGGCCGCGCCACGAGCGUGCCAAGGCCUCUCGUGGUUGACGCUUGCGCCCUGCUCUGCAAUCCCGGGGCAGAGACUGAAUCCGAGCGAGAGCGGGAUCCGGUGGUAUUUCCCCGAUAUCCCAAGGUAAACUGCAAGCUCCAGUCCGACUCCGACGAGCACCAGGCGUGGAUUAUUGCCAGUCACUGCUUGAAACUGUGCAAUCCAGACGUGUCAAUUGACUCGGAAGUCAACUGCUUUGCUCUGAGAGGGUCUCUUCAAGCGAAUUUAGGAUGUUUUUGUGAAGCUUUAUCACCUUUGAGUCCGAACACUAUGCGGCUUCACGAAAGUUGGAGGCUCAACUUUUUGGUAAAGGAGCUGGCGAGCGAUAUCUUGAGUGUAAUUCUCUCUUCACCUCUCGAUACCCUCGUCCUAUGCGAUAUUCGUAACGAGCUGUUCAAAGAUGUUGAUGUGAAGUCAGGAUCGCUGUACAAUAAGUGUAAGAAAGAUGGAGCGAACGCUACCACCGCGGAGUCAGAACGAGAGAAACGAGAAGUUAAAAAGAUUAUUGAGCCAGAUGAUCAAGCUGACAUAACUGAGGAGGACACCUCUUCGAAUAAGCCACCGUCGUGGCGAGAACUGACACAAGGACUGGCUAGGUGGAAUUCUACUCUCCCGGAUACAGAAGAAGAAGAAAAACCAUUGGAAAUAAAGAACUUAGAAGACUUAGAAGACUUAGAAGAUGAUUUCUCGAAAAAGGCCGAGGAAGAGAAAUUACGCCCUCCAGAGAAAGAAGAAGAGCUCCCUACUGUGGAUGAAGUACUUCUUGACCCGGGGGUCUCCCAAGCCUUGGACAGUCUUUGCAAAAGCAUAUGCAAAUUAAACAAAAAAGACAUAAGAUGUGCUUGGAAUCCAAUGUGUAAUGACCCAAAGUUACAUGAAACAGAUGCGUGAAUAAAAUAAUAACAGGUAGGAGAGAAUUCGCGUGGAAGGGCAUGAAUUUAUAUAUCUCAUAGAUUAAUCGAUAAUACAUGAUCGAUCCGUUGUGCUAAAAGCAUUUCUCACCGUAAUCAAAGAGAUCGUAAAAGAAAAAUAAUCUGAAGCAUGUAUGAUUCUCUUUUCUACCUUUGUUGUUCAAAUUGAUUUUUGUCUCGGCAAUUUAAUGUAAAAUAAUAAUUUUAAUACGUAAGAAGAAUUAACAAAUUAUUAUUUGGUAACUAUGUAACAAAUUGUUAUCUAUUGUAAUACUUUAUGAUACGCGAUAAUUCUAAUUACAUAAUAUUAUUGUUAGAUUGUAAUAAUUCGAGCGCUAUAUAAAAAUAUCAGUUUGUUAUUCCACACAUUGUGCCAUUUAUAAACAGAUUUGUAUUUUCCUAUUUUUAAUAUAUACAUGUACAUUUUAUAUAUCCGAUUUGUAUUCUUCUUUCUUUUAUGUGUAUUUAUAUUUUUAUAUGUAUUUAUGUAUAUUUAUCUAUUUUUAUUCUCAUUCCCGUAUAAUCAGUUAUAGUAGAUAAAAUCGGAAUAAAACGUUUAAAGGAACAUAUAAAAACAAAAUAAAUUAUUACAGGAAACAUUCUGGGAAAAUCAAUGGCAAAACUUGAUGUAUAUUAAUAUAAUUACAGUAAUAUAAUUACAAAAUAUUAAGUUAAUGAUUAUAAUAUAAUGAUAAGCUUUUCCACUUAAUGUUUAACAUUGUAAUCGCUUUAGGCUUAAGAGAGUUCUACACAGGUCCAGUUCACACGGUUGCGUUAUAUGUUCUUUUUCGGUUGAGAUAUAGCACAACGACGGAAUUUUACACAAUUCUUCAAUAGUAUUUCAGAUAAUAUGUACUUUUCCGAAAAAAGAAAAAAAUCUGGUUAUGCGAUAAAAUAUGAUCAUAAUGAAUAUAUGUAUAAUUAAACGUUU